GAAACCUGACAAUGAAGCUUCUACCGGUGGUUCUGGUUCUGCUGAGCCCGGCGCUGGCCUCCUGUAAACAGCUGGUGAACCCAGUGGACUGCAGCGACGUCCAGAAGCAGGACAAGAGCCUCCAGAGUGGACUGUACACCAUCUACCCCCUGGGAGAGAGGUCUGCGGUCCAGGUUCACUGUGACAUGAAGACACAAGGAGGACGAUGGACGGUGUUCCAGAGGAGGGCGGACGGCACAGUGAACUUCUACCGACCCUGGGACCAAUAUAAGAUGGGUUUUGGAGACGCUGCUGGGGAACACUGGCUGGGUCUGGACGUCCUCCACUACCUGACCCGGCGUCAGAAGUACGAGCUGCUGGUGGAGAUGGAAGACUUCGAGGGGAAGAAAGUGUCGGCUGCUUAUUCCACGUUCUCUGUGGGCGGAGAAUGUGAUGGAUACAAACUGACAGUGGGCGGGUUCAAGAACGGAGGAGCAGGAGACGCCAUGACGCAUCAUAAUGGAAUGAAGUUCUCCACCCUGGACAAAGACCAGGACACGUAUUCUGGAAGCUGUGCCAGGAAGUACCUGGGCGGGUUCUGGUACAAGGGCUGUCACCAAACCAACCCCAACGGCAUUUACCGCUGGGGCUUCGACAAAACCAUCCUGUACAUCAGCGUGAGCUGGCAGCCCUUCAAGGGUCACAACUACUCCCUGAAGGCCAUCAGCAUGAAGCUCCGCCCACUGGUGUAGACGCCCACCAUGGGUCCACAGCAGGCCUUCUGCUAACCCUGACCCCUGA